AUGGCCUGCUGCUCCACUGGCUUCUGUGGGUUUCCCAGCUUCUCCACCAGUGGGAACUGCGGCUCCAGCUGCUGCCAGCCAAGCUCCUGCCAGUCCAGCUGCUGUGGAACCAGCUGUGGUGUGGGAGGUGGCCAGGAGGGUGGCUGUGGAACCGGGAGCUGCCGUGUCAGGUGGUGCCGCCCAGACUGCCGCGUGGAGGGCACCUGCCUGCCCCCCUGCUGUGUGGUGAGCAGCUCACCCCCAACCUGCUGCCAGCUGCACCAUGCCCAGGCCUCCUGCUGCCGCCCAUCCUACUGUGGACAGUCCUGCUGCCGCCCAGCCUGCUGUUGCUACUGCUGCCAGCCCACCUGCUCUGAGCCCGCCUGCUGUGAGCCCAGCUGUUGA